GUAUUCAAUUUUACGGGGGUCACUGAAGGCGCCAUUAGGCAUCCGCUAUGACGCAGAAUGUAACAUCAUAACCUACACAAUCCUGCUCAGCGGUGAUAACAGUACCGUCAGUGUAGCUGAGUUAUUUAGUCACAAUACUCUAAUUAUCAGGACGAAGAGAAUCUGUUUUGUUAUUUAAAAGAGCAGAUGGAGGACUCUGUCGGCAGAGCUCUGGGUCGAGUGACUGUGUACUCCAUCCAGGGCUGCCCACACUGUUUACAAGCUAAGGCCACUCUUGGGCGUUUAGAAGUGCCAGUAUGUGAGGUGGACCUGGGCAGGCAUCCGGAGCUGAGGGCCACAGUCAAGGAGCUAACAGGGCGCAGCACAGUUCCUCAGAUAUUCUUCAACAGUGUACAUGUGGGGGGAAACGAUGACCUGCAGAAAUUGGCUCCUGAGGAGCUUCAGAGACUGGUGAGGUUGGUCAGAGAGGAGGCUCUACCAGCUGACGCUCCACCUUUACCAGAAGAGAACCAGUCAGAGGACGGUGCUGACGACACCAGUGGAGAGUUCAUGUGUGAAAGAGAUGAAUUGGCCGACCUGGUGCAGGACCUCAAAGACGGUAAUGUGAUUGGCUGUCAAAGGAAGGGGCUGGUUUUGUAUAAAAAGAGCUUCUCAGGCAGUCAGCUGGUUGAAUGGCUGCAGAAAGAGAAGGGCAUGGCCAAGGCCGAGGCCUGUACCACUGGACAGGCAUUGUUGCAGAAGAAGUACAUGGUCAGUGUCCAUGACAGUGAGCGGCAGGAUGGGAGUUUUGGAGGAGGAAAAAACUCCUUGGACACACUUUACAGGCUGCUGGAGGAUGACCCUCAUUCAGCCCUGAAUGCGGGACAGACUGCGGGCUGUGCCCUGAUGCAGGCCGCUGAAGUUUCUCUUCUUUUGCGGGAGAUGAUUCUGAAACUCUUCUCUGAUCACCUCUCUGCUGAUGGCAAGUCAGUGGACUACAAGGGCAUGUCCUCAGACCCAGUGUUCGAGCGCUACUGUGAUUUAGCCAUUCAGCUCCAGAGGGUGGAGCUACUUUCACUGAGCCGGGAGGAGAAACUGGCCUUCUUCAUCAACAUCUACAACGCUCUGGUCAUCCACGGGGCCCUGCGCCUGGGGGCCCCCACCAACAUGUGGCAAAGAUACAGAUUCUUCAACUAUGUCAGCUACCUGAUUGGUGGAGAAGUGUUCACAUUGCAGGACAUUGAGAACGGCGUAUUGAGGGGGAACAAAAAAGGUAUCGCGCAGCUUCGAAAGCCCUUCUCCAAGUCAGACCCACGGCUACAGAUGGCACUCCCUCAGCCUGAGCCCCUCAUUCACUUUGCCUUAAACUGUGGAGCGAAGGGCUGCCCACCUAUUAAAACAUACACACCACAGGACAUCGACAGCCAGCUUCGCACAGCAGCCCAGGCUUUCCUGGAGAACGAUGACGGCUGUGUGGUGGAUUCUGGGAACGGGGAAGUGAAACUCAGUCAAAUAUUUAAGUGGUACAAGGCUGACUUUGGAGGCACUGACGAAAGUCUGCUAAAAUGGGUGCUGGAGCACAUGAGUGACUCACCGAAGAAGACCAGCCUGCAGGGGGUUCUGUCUGCUGGGAAAACCAAAGUCACCUUCCUGCCCUACGACUGGAGUUCUAAUGGCGCCCACUGAGAUGAAACUUUGGAAAAAAAACAACGCAGCUGCUCUUUUUCUACACCAGUUGUUCUCAAACACCAUGCACCACCUCCGAAAACGUUAGUCUCUCCAAGUACCGUGCAAUCAGGCAGCGCUACACCUUUCAUUUAAUUUUUAAAAACACACAAACAUGUUUUUGCCAUUUUGUGAGCACUAUAAAGACACAUUCCUUAGCCAAUCACAUAGUCUUAAUCCAUACACUACUCUAAUCUGACCUUAAUUGUAAUCCUAACUUCAUAUUAAAUCCUUAGCCUCAAAGUAGCUUUUCCCUCAGCAGGGAACUGUAAAAUGUCUUAACAAGAUUGGAUUCCCCCAAAUGGCAAAAUACCGAGCAUAGGUACCACCAGUGGUACGCGCACCAUAGUUUUGGGUCCACUGUUCUAUCUUAUGUCCUUUUGAACUUUUUCACUGGCUACAACAGCUCCAUCAGUCAACAGUGGUUGGUUCAUUAACUACAGUGCAAAUAUUUAUUAUGUAAAAAAAAAAAAAAAA